AUGCCGAAAAAAAUAGAAACAGCAAAUCAGAAGCGAAAUCGCAUUAUCAAGAACUCUGAGAAUCUCGCCAAGGUGCUCCAAGCAUCCAAAACAAUGCAAAUGAGGUUCGAGCUCAUUCCUACGAAUUAUUUGAAUAACAUUACCGUUGCUGGCGUUCGUGAUAUGAAUCUCGGUCGUCCCAAAAAUGGAAAGCCGGUUGGGGGCAAUGUUGUUCGAUUCAACAAUCCAGUGCCAAACACCAACUCGGAUUUUCACCGAAUUUGUAUCGAUCCUAACGGCAUUGCACAAAAAACCAAUUCUCACAUUCCUGUGUCCGCUGAAACUGUCAAUUCUGCCGCGAAGAUACAAAAAGGACUAAAGGUUGGUGGCAAAGUGUUGCUCGUUGUGUCCAUUAUUGCCACCGGCGUACGAAUUGGCAAGGCAAUCUACGACGAAGUGCAUAUUGAUGAAGAGAUCGAAGCACUGGAAAACAUUAUCGAUUGCCUCACGCUGGAUCUCAAGUCCGCCAGCGGGGUGGACAGAGACGAGAUCAAUAAGGCUCUGAAUUUCGCGAAUGAUCUGUUGGACGAUGCUCGAGAUUGCAAGAAGAAUCCUAGCAAAAAGACAUUGCUGACCACUGUCUGCUGUGGAUUCGAAUGGGGCGGAGCGGCGGCGUUUGGAUAUGCCGGGGCCCAAACUGGUGCCCUUAUCGGUGCCCCCGGCGGGCCGAUUGGAAUGAUCGCCGGUGCGGUCACUGGCUCAGUGAUUGGCGCCGUGACCGGCUCAGAGCUGGGCAGGUCGGCAGUUGAGAACGCCUACUGGGACGAAGGCCCGGGAACGCAGAUGCAUGGCAAUCUACUGGACUUUGGCGACUCUGACAAAGCACAUGGCGAAGUGUUGGACAUUAAUGGCCAAGGAUAUAUCGGCGGAAAAGGCUUGGAUGUUGGCACCAAUGCGACGCUUUUUCAAUUUGGUGACAGCGAAGACCAAUUAUCGAUUGCAAAGGCUGGCGCUAAUUUUGGACUUACCGCUGACAAGGGCCUCGAUGUCAGCGUUGAAAGCAAAGUCCUUUGGCUUGAGCAUGAGACUGAACAUGUAAAAAUUGGCGGUGGUCUCAACAUUGACACUGGCGUAAAGGUGUCUGAUAAUGGUGUUGAAAUGUCGGCGCUGGGUUUCGGUUUUUCUGUUGGCAAUGAUGGCGUCGGAAUUAAAUUGCCAUUUUUCAAUGCCCUAUUUAAGUAG